AUGUUAUCCUUAAAUUUGCCAGAGAUUUCAGAUGAACAGCUGCAAAAAGGAGUGAAGAACUUGAAACAAAUGAACUCUUCUGAUAUACAAAGAAUGGCAACUGCUUUAAAAACGAUGGACCCAAGAAUUGUUGAGGAUAUAUUUAAAAGCCAAGGAGUAAUGAUGAGCGCAGACGAUAUUAUGAAAAUGAGUGAAGCACUUACUCCAGACAAUAUAAAACUUAUGACUAAGUCAAUUGAAGAACAAAAAUCACGAGACAAAGGUGAGAAAAAAGAAAAAGCUGAACCAAUUCAGAAAAAUUCCAUAAAUAAUCCUAAAAAUAGCAGGCUGUUAAGGGAAGAGCUGGGAAGGUCCAAAGAAGAAAUAGACUCAGUGCUAAGCUUGAUGGACAGAAUUCUAGAACUUUUCAACAUCUUUAAACGCUUUUUCAACAUUUUUACAGUUGGGAAUAGAAAAUACAUAACAGGCGCCUUCUUUGUAGGGCUAAUAUCUAUUUAUGCUACCUCAUUUUACUAA